AUGGAGCAGAUUAAACGGCACUACUGGGACCGGUUCCAUAAAGAAUAUUUAAGCGAGCUGCAGCAGCGGACUAAGUGGCGAGAGCAGAGGAAAACGCUCAAAUACGGCGAUCUUGUCGUCAUCAAGGACGACACUCUUCCCCCCGUGCGAUGGCGCUUGGGACGAGUUAAGAAACUGUAUGCAGGGGCUGACGGCAUCACGCGUGUAGCCGAUUUCACGACUGCGCGUGGCGUAAUCCAGAGGGCCUUAGGCUGGGUCUGCCUGCCCCAAGCUACCAAGCCAGAGGACGAGUCUCUAGGUAACCCAAGGCAGGGAGCAUGUUUACGCGCACGGCACGUGAUCUGCACCAACGGCGGCGGGGCGCGGGCUGCGGGGCGCGGGCGGUGCGGCAUCGGGAACGAGACUACCGACGACGGCAGAGUGACAGUACAUUUG